GUUCUGUGGAAGUCUCAUGGUGAGCGAAGGUCCUUCUUGAGUUACGGUAACGUCGAGAUGUGGAGGCGUCCUUCCUACACGGGGAGAGAAGAGAAAUGUUCAAAAUGUUUCCAGAGAUCCUGCUCAACUUUGGAGAGGGGGCGUGUGAUGGUAAUUGUUUCAUAGCAAAGAAAGAUAAAGGAAAGAAAAUGCAUUUUCGAGAAGUUCGGCAGCAAGGAGGCAUUAGCGCAUUGUGUUGGAGGUGCCUGUUCUCAUGAUGGUUCUGGAAUCGGCAGGAGUGUUGUGGAACUCGUCAGGCGCCGUCGUGACGGAGAAACGCCGCGAUUUCUGAUACAAUACCUCGUCUAGAUUCAUCUAAGAAGUUCCGGAGAUGUUGGGACACACGCCAUCGCCACACAGCCGACACAUCUGCAAAAAAGGAGAAGAAGAACGAAAUAGAAAAAAAUGAUAGGAACGUUCGUCAUCCAAUUUCCAGAAAACUACCGGGAGAAUGGUGUAACUUAAGCUGACGUCAGCGUAACGUACGGUUGUUUCGUUAUGUAUAUAAAUGUCAGCGUCAGCUAACAUGUGGCCACAACCGCUUUCGUUCGAGUCCACUUCUGAUCGCUGGAAAUCUGCAUCGAUUCGCCGUCCUCUUCUUCUUCUUCUUCUACGUCAGUUUUCGAGGAUACCAGACCUGCUGCUAUGAAGCUCCCAGUUCACGUUACCGGUGGGUGGGGAGAGGUGUCGGCAACUCCCAGUCCUCUCUACGCAGGAAACGCACCCGGACUUCUGCUUCUUCUUGGUUUUAUCACCGGAUUUCAGUCCGUCGAUGGUUCUCCAUUUUCCAAGGAUCCUACAGUUCCAGAAAAGGAGUUCGUCUCGAGUCUCAACCACAAUAGGUGGAAAAGGUCUGCAAACACCAAUACCAGAAGUCGUUACCUAGGAUAUGAACUGGUGAGAGUCCGGCUCAGCGGUGGCCACCUUUACACUCUGUACGUAGAAAACGGAUCCAUCCGGAUUGGAACUGGCCAAGAGUCCGAUAGCGUCUCGUGCUUGAAAAAGCACAAAUUUCAACUACUUUCGGGAGGUCCGGGCGAGAAGGUCAUCUUGGAGUCUGGGGAGGGCAGGGCCUUUCUGAACGUCAACGCCCAACGGGAGCUUGAGGUCCAGGUAGACACGAGUGGAAAUAUUGGCGCGGUCGCCCGAACAGACAGCAGGCUGUUCCGGGUCUUCAGGAGACCAGGGGAGAGGGCGGCUCGGAUCAAGAACUUAAACACAGGGAUGUUCCUGGCAUUCGAGAACGGCACCUUUUCCGCAGUGCCUGCAGAUCACGUCGCGUCCAGGAACGACUUAUCAGCGUUCGAAUUCUACCCUUGCUAGGCGACGGAGGAUCGUGGAUACGUAGCAGAUGUUAAAGAGGGAAAGAGACAUCGCUUCCACCGCGUCACAACAGGCUGUCAUAACGGAAGAUGGGGUUUCUCUAUGACGUCACCUCAGAGCGGAAGAGGACCAGAUUACCUGGAUGUCAUAAACACAGAGUAAACGGAUGGCGUUGACGCGGCUGUGACGAAACAAUCAGAUAGCUUCGAAGCCUCGACCAAGGUCAAUAGAUAUCUAUAGACUUUGGCCUCGACAGAUGCUGAUGUCCGUGAUUCGCUAUGACGUCACCAAGGAUAGAUGUCAAGGCGCGAGUGGUUUGGAUUGCACAGCGCAUGCGCUCGACCACCAACCAAUGAGAAUUCAGAUCGGUCUAAUUUGGGGCAGCAGAAGGCGGAAAAAUUGGGGGUUCGACGGAAGAACCAGCGGCCUUUGCAUAUUGUAAUUUUAAUCAUGAAAAU